AUGAAUGUGCCACAGUUCUCUCAUAUCGCUAGCAGCAUAUCUCAUGAGGAAUGCAUUAAACUCAUAGCGUCACUUCACUACAACUCCUACAAGAUGCCGUCUUCGUUAACUUUUGUUAAUAGCAACAACAUGAGCUGCGUAAGGCUUUUAAUUGAUUACAGCGGAGGAAAGGAAUCCUGGCAGGGUGGGAAUAAAACACACGGUGUUAUAGCGCACAGACUUCGUCAACUUGGCAGGAGCGAUUUAGCUGAUUGGCUGUGUAAAGCUGUUUUCCAUCAACUAGCAAAAGAUAUUAAUGAUAGCAUACUAGUAAAUCCAUUUACUGUGGAUAGUACUCAAAGUGCACUCUGUACAAAAUUACUCAAAGAUAAAAUGGUGUUUGUGGGAGCGGAAUGGGAUAUUAUUGAUAUCACCUUAUGGAUGGUUUUAGCGAUUCUAGUGGCGUGGUUGGUUUUCUCGUGCUGUCGUUUGUUGUGUUUAUCUUGUAGAAAAAAAAUUGCUACUAACGAGGAGAUGAUAGCACUGUUAAAGAAAGGUAGCGAAAAUAACAAUUGA